UGUUGUCACGAAUUGAGGGAGAGGCUCCAAGCCAUCCGUUGGAGGGCUCGAGAGGGGGCAGAGCUCUAACCGGAAGUGUCUGGCGGCUGAGCUGCUUGUCAUUUGGCCACGGUCGGUUCUGAGGAUAGGGACAGCAACGGUAAAGAAGGCAGGAACAAGUCAUUUGGCUAGAGGGGGGAAAAUAAAAUACAGAAAUCCUUUAAACGAUGAAUCCGACCGAAUAACCCACUUCAGUCAACUAGUGCUGGUUUCGUUUACAUAUUGAAUUAAAUGACGUAAUUGUUUAAUACAAUCGAGGUUAGCGGCUCGCGAGAGAGGUUUGUGUCAUUGAGCAGGCAGGACACGUCAGGAGAAGAGAGAAACGCUGGUUAGCCACAGCUAGCUUUACUGUCUGUAUGAGGGAAAGCCAUUCAAGUACCAUAUCGCUUGUGUCAUAAACUUGUUUUUUUUCAAACAAUUUAUCCGGUACAUCGAGAUUGCAGGUUGACUACAGGACGGAUCGAGUCAACGCCUGGAUCAAGGGGUAGCGACCAAAAGGACAUAAAGAACACGGGAUAGCAGAUACUGUGUGGGGGAAAACAAAUGGGGGAUUACGGGUUUGGAGUCUUAGUGCAAAACAACACUGGCAACAAGUCUGCUUACCCAGUUAGAAUUCACCCACAUCUGCAACCUCCACACCAUCAUCAGAAUGCAUCUCCAAACCCUGCUGCUUUUAUAAACAAUAGCACAUCUGGUAAUGGCAGUAACAGUGGGUCACCUUGGCUAUUUUCAGCCACAGCUGCCCACAGCAGCAUGCAAGAUGAAAUUCUCGGGUCUGAAAAGCCCAAAGCCCAGCAACAGGAAAUGCAAGAAACGCAAGAAAAGCAGCAACUGUCACCUGGCCACCAGGAUUCUGGAAUCAUAUCUGAGUUAGAGAAGGUGAGGUCAGAGGAGAAGAAGGUGGAGAGCGGCCCCUCGGAGGGGAGCAAUGGAAAGGAGAAGCUGCGUCUCGAGUCCCCAGUACUGACAGGCUUCGACUACCAGGAGUCAUCAGGUCUCGGGACACAGGCCCAGUCCAGUACCUCUUCGUCACUGACUAGCUUCAACAACUGGUCAGCGGCCAUCUCGCAGACCGCAUCCACCAUCAUCAAUGAGGAUGUGGGCUUCUUCAACCCGGCCGCCUCUGCUAACAACGGGCCGCUGCUGUUCCAGAAUUUCUCCCACCACGUUAGUCCGGGUUUCGGGGGAAACUUCUCUCCCCAGAUUGGACCCAUCUCCCAGCACCACCCCCCACACCCCCACUUUCAGCACCCGCACAACCAGCAUCAACAGCAUCGCCGGUCCCCGGCCAGCCCCCACCCGCCUCCCUUCCCCCAUCGGAAUGCCACCUUUAGCCAGUUGCCGCAUUUGUCCAAUAACCUGAAUAAGCCUCCGUCACCUUGGGGCAGCUACCAAAGCCCUUCCCCCUCCCCCUCCUCCACCUCCUGGAGCCCCGGGGGUGGCUACGGCGGCUGGGGAGGGUCCCAGGGCCGUGAGUACCGCCGGGGCCUCAGUGGAGGCAUGAACCCCCUGAACUCCAUUUCCCCGCUGAAGAAGACCUUCCCCAACAACCACGUGCCGUCGCAGAAGUACUCCCGAGCGAGCCCUGGAUUCAACCCCAAGUCCUGGAUGGAUGAGACCGUGAGCAGGAGCGAGAACAUCUUCCCCUUCCAGGAGCGCAACAGAUCCUUUGAUGGCUUCAACAUGCACUCCCUGGAGAACUCCCUCAUUGACAUCAUGAGGGCUGAGCAAGAUACCCUGAAAGGUCGCCUAGGAUUCACCCAUCCAGGGGGGGAGAGUCCUCUGCCCAUUAAUGCAAGGAAUUAUGGGAGAAGACGAGGCCACUCCUCCCUAUUCCCCAUGGAAGAUGGUUUCCCUGACGACGAGCGCGGCGAACAGAGCCUGCCUGGUCUGGGCUCGCCCCACGGUUUCCCGCACCAGAACGGGGAGCGGGUGGAGCGCUACUCCCGCAAGGUGUUCGUUGGCGGCCUUCCCCCCGACAUCGAUGAAGAUGAAAUAACCGCUAGUUUCCGUCGCUUUGGACACCUCUUUGUGGACUGGCCUCACAAGGCUGAGAGCAAAUCUUACUUUCCCCCAAAAGGCUACGCCUUCCUGCUGUUCCAGGAUGAGAGCUCUGUGCAGGCCCUGAUCGAUGCCUGUAUCGAGGAGGAUGGCAAACUCUACCUGUGUGUCUCCAGCCCCACCAUCAAAGACAAGCCGGUCCAGAUCCGCCCCUGGAACCUGAACGACAGUGACUUUGUGAUGGACGGAUCCCAGCCUCUGGACCCCAGGAAGACCAUCUUUGUGGGUGGGGUGCCACGCCCUCUCCGUGCAGUGGAGCUGGCCAUGAUCAUGGACCGGCUGUAUGGUGGGGUGUGCUACGCCGGCAUUGACACCGACCCGGAGCUCAAGUACCCCAAGGGAGCUGGGAGGGUCGCCUUCUCUAAUCAGCAAAGCUACAUUGCCGCUAUCAGUGCUCGUUUUGUCCAACUGCAGCAUGGUGAAAUCGAUAAACGGGUGGAAGUGAAGCCAUACGUCCUGGAUGACCAGCUGUGUGAUGAGUGCCAGGGGACACGCUGCGGGGGGAAGUUUGCCCCCUUCUUCUGCGCCAACGUGACCUGUCUUCAGUACUACUGUGAGUACUGCUGGGCGGCCAUCCACUCGCGCGCCGGCCGGGAGUUCCACAAGCCGCUGGUGAAGGAGGGAGGGGAUCGACCCAGACACAUCUCCUUCCGCUGGAACUGAGCGAUAGACAGAAAGAGAGAGAGGGAGGGAGGGAGAGAGAGGGAGGGAUGGAGGGAGCGGGGAGAGAGGAAUUUAGGAGUCGCAAAAUCAUUGUACAAAUAAAUGCACUUUUCUGUUGCUGGUUCCUUUUUAGCUCUAAUUUGAGAAAAAAAAAAAAAACUUUUGUUUUUCAAUUCGUAUUUAUUUUUAAGACAAGUAAAAAGAAAAUAAAGUGGAAUUGUAUCCAAGUAGGCCCAAGAAAGGAAAAAUGUGUAAAACUCAUUCUCUUUACUUUACCUUGUUUGUUUUAUUAGUGCACAUUUACAUUUUAAAGGAUUUAGCUUUCAGUCGAUUCUAUCCAGUUGGCAUGUCGUUGACCAUGAAUAGCCAAGCAGUAAGUUCAGUUUCAAUUUACAUACAAUAUGCUCCAGAGCAAAUGUGAAUAUAGAAGGUGUUGCUUAAGAAGAGUGCACUUAUUUCUUUAUUUUAGAGUACAUAUUCUACAGUCUAAAAUCCCAGUAGUUUACCAAAGCUUAAUCUCAAUUGGUUUGGAAAAAAAAACAGCUGUGGAAAUGUGGGUUCUUUCCCAGAACAAAUGUUGGAUUUUUGAAUUUUUUUUUAAAGACCAUGCUAAUAUUUGAUGUUACUUGAUAAGAUCGAUUUCACAACAAUCGUUUGGGUCUGAUCUCCAUUUUGACAUGCAAGACUAAUACCUCAAGCUUAGCUGCUAAUGUGCCGAAUAAUUUAAAGACGACAAGCUGGUCUCCCCUUUCCCUUAGGACCACAAUCAAAGGGAAAUGGCGUCAGCAAAAAAAGGCACAGUUUUAUAGACACUGCUUUGUCACUUCCUUAUUUUUGUAAUCUAACCAGGGUUGUAGUAAGAAUGAACAGAGCAUCUUAUUGGGGAAUGUAUGGCGUUAAAGGUCCUAGAGGCCCUGAGCGCCGGCCGGUAUAGAGAUAAUAAGUGACCCCCCCUCCCCCCCCACCUCUCUGUGUCUGUAUUUGUCGGCUACAGCGGAGUGGAGAGGCUAGGGCUAAGUUCUCAACAGGGCAGCAUGUGAGCAGAAAGCCCUGUUUUUUUUGUUUUAUCAUUAUUGGAGUGGUGCAAAUUUCCCAAGCCUUUAUCACAACCCUGUUCUGUUUUAACCCCCCACCCCCCUCCCCCCAAAAAAAUACUAAGAGAGGUAAAUUGCAAAAGUCAGGGUUGUCAUCAACAUUAUUCUAAAUUAUUAUUGUCGUUAUUACCCAGUAUUAUCAUGACGUCUGGAUGUGAUGUAACUUGUAACCACAGACGUCUUCCUGUGCGAGCCCAGCUAACUCAGCCAGUGUUUUAAGCAUAAAUGAAGAUAGUCCGCGCUCUGUUAUGUAUGUCCCACAUGCAGUUCACUCAUUUAAACAAGACUGCAAGAAAGAGGUUUUACCUACAUGCUUUAGGGAACCAAAGACUGCUGUGCAGUAGUGAGUAAUACGGUUGCUCAUUUCUGUUUUAUUUUUAUUUAGAUAAGUUUUCAUUCUUUUUUAUUUAUUUUUUUAUUUUUAUUUCUAGCCUUUCCUUACAAAGACAAGAUGGACUCCAGCAAACCAAAGAUUGGCCUUGAAUAGAUAACAAGUGCAGUCGAAAUCCAGGAAAAACUGUAAAAACAGACUUAUUCAGCAUACAGGCACCCAGGCCUUUUCACCAGUCUGCUCAUAUCCAAAGGUCUAAAUGGAGACAUUUGUCGCUAGAUUGUUGUGCAAUGUGGGUAGGUCCUCAACGGGUUUGGGAAUUUAACAAAAACAGCUCAACAGAAGCACAGAUUUGGGUUUUAGUCAAAUGGUAAUUGAAUCGACUACAGUUAAAUAUGUCAGGGAGCAAAUGCUGAAAUAUAACUUAACACACUAGUGACAAAAUGAUCCUCAUGUUGGCUUGAUGGUUUGCUACUGAACCAGGUCCACACCAUGACUUUAGCUUGUGGGUUUGGUGGGUGAACAUUUAGAAUUUAAAAACACUUUUUGAUGAAUUUGCUGUUAAUGAGAUGAAAAAAAUAGAUUAUUUUAUACAUGGCCUGCUGAUUUUUGGUACAGUGUUUUCUAGCUAAAUUAUUUUGUCAUGCACAUAUAAACAGUUAUUAUGCACUACUUUUCUAAAUAUUUCUUUUUUUUUCAACAGUCAUUUUAGGCACAUUUUUCACAAAUGGGAAAACUCCUUUUUGCAAUACCUCAAUUUUUCACAUUGUGAAAGGUAGCUUUUGUACUUUUGUUACUGAGAGAUCUGCAUAUAUGGAAAUUUUCAUUUAAAGAAAAAAAGUUGAGUGAUUUCAAUAUAUAUUAUUUUCAAUUAUGCUUUUUCUACAUUUCAGUGCUGAGGAAUCUUUACAACUAAGUGCUCACUUGUGUUGUUGCGACUUCAAACUGCAGAGGAACGAUCAUAAAAGUCUAAUGCUUAAGGUCUUGGACCUCAAUUCCCUAGGUGGCUCACAAAAAUCAGAUUUUAACAGCAUGGCCAUUAAAAAGUUGUCAUUUUAAAUUAAUGUUAUUGUUUCAAAAAUGGCUGGCCUAGUUGGAAAAUGGUAACAUCUCUCUUUUUGGUUUUCUCUCCGUAGCUGGAAUAUUAACUAUAAUAAGGAGAAUGCAAAUUACGGUUCAUGCUUAGGCUGAAUCUUGUAUCACAAGAAUGGAUGUUUGGUGUUUAGGUAUUUUUAACAUUUGAAAAUAUAUAUUCUUGAACUUGCCAACUAGCUCCUAUUGUAAUCCUUAGCAUGCAUGACAAAAAAAAAAAAGAUAAGUACAUGAAUUAGCUAUUGGAAUUAAUUGUUGUGGUUGUGCACCAGAUGUUUCUCAAUUUUAAUUUGUUAAGGACACCCCCCCACACCUCACUCCCCUCCCAUGUGUUCGCUACUCUCUUUGCCUUCCCCAUACUCAGACCUCUGCAGGAUGCAAAGAAAAAAAUACAAAAAUAUAUAUAUUAAAUAACUCUAAAAUCAAGUUUAGCAGUGCAGGACUUGAGCAGCUCAUUGGACACUGUUGAAAAGACUUGAUAAACUCAUCCCCAACUGUUUGUUGAGGUUGUUUAACCUUGUUGGAGAAAGGGGAACUUUAAGACUUGAAUGUGGUAAAAUGUUGCAAGUUAACUUCAAGUUGUUAUGUGCAAUACUUUUUUUUUUUGAAUUUCUUCCAGAUAAAGACUCUUUGCAAUGUAAUUCUUUAAUGCCAUUUUUAAUUGCAGACAUUUGAAGAAGAUGUUGAUAUGUUUUUCAGUCAUUUUCUACUCUUAUUGUAAUCCUUUUCAUGCUGGUGUUUGUAAAAAGAAAAGAAAAAGAAAUCGAACUAUUUGUACUAAUAUAAAUAAUUGAGGUUAUUUUUAAAACAUUAAAGGUUUUGUGCUCAUUUGCUUAUUUUGUUUAUUUCAAGCUACUGUGAUUGAUUGCAUUGUAAUUAUUAGGUCAAUAAUGUAUUUAGCUGUUUAUUGGUAUAUUUUUAAUUGGAAUGUAUAAUUAAUUUUUAUAAUUUUGAUCAGAUUUUUGUUAUAUUUUUGAGGUGAAGCUUUUAAUAUGUUAAAGUGUCUAGUUUUUACUAAUUGCUAUAUUGUGCUCCACAAUAUAUGGUUCACAUUUUCUGAAGGAAAAUAAAUAUUUAAAUAUUUGUCUGUUAAUGAUGUUACUUAAUGGCAAAAUUUCAAUAGUUUUUAACUGUGUAUGGGAAGGUUGUUGUAUUUAUUAAUAGCAUUUUUUACUUAAGAUAUCACCUUAAUUUUUAUUGUCAUUUCACUUUAUAAGUUCCUAUUUUUGUAUUUUCCUUUCUAAUUAAGUUAUGUAACACAAAAUGUCCAUAUUUCUAGGAGUUGGUCUGUAGAAGUGCUAGUGAAACGAAAAAGAAAAUCUAAUGUUAUUUAAUUGUUUGCAGCCAACUAUUUAUAACAGUAUGCAUAAUUUUUAAAUAUUUGUAAUGUGAAAUGUUGAAUGAAUAAAACUUAACUGUGACGA